AUGCUUAGAAUUUCAAGCAUGCCGAUCGAUAUUGAUAAAUCUUCAACACGUAAACAACCAUUACGUCGUGGUAUACAUAUAACUGAACAAAAAGAUUAUCGAGUUAAUCCUGAACCAUUAGUUUUACAAGAAGCAGAUUUUUUACUUGAAGAAUUUUUAUCACCAACAAAAUUGAGAGCUCUGACUGGUACAGAUGAUUUAGCGAAUAUUCGUGAUUUAGAAAUGAUUGUGGAUACAUCUGACACGAGUUUGGGAAAUUUUGGAUUUUAUUUACAAAAAUUAAAUCAACUUAAAUUAAGUAAUAGUGUCAUACCACGUAUUAGAGAUCUUGGUACAUCAUUAUCACAUGUACGUGUUCUUUGGAUGGCGCGUUGUUGUUUAAAUGAUUUAGAUGGCAUAACAAGUCUUCAAGCACUUGAAGAACUUUAUGUUGCUUAUAAUGAAAUAUCAGAUUUAAGUGCCUUGAGUAUGCUUGAAAACUUACGAUUACUUGAUCUUGAAAGUAAUCUUAUUGAUGACUUACAUCAAGUUGAAUUUCUUGCUUUAUGUUCGAGUUUAGAAACAUUAACACUUGAAGGCAAUCCGAUUAAUAAUCAUGAUGAUUAUCGUGCAGAAAUAAUACAUCGUUUACCACGUCUUCAAAUACUUGAUGAUAAAUCAACUAAAGAAAUAAAUAAACUUUCAUCAUCAAUAUCUGGAGAAGGAACGAUGUUAUUUCAACAAGAUUGGUCUCUAAUUGAAGAAUGUAUUGCUGCUGGUAUGGCACCAUCUGAUGAAAAAUUAGUAUGUAAUCAAGUUGAUAUUCGACCACGAUCAGCCAAUAAAAGUCCAUUAAAUCGGCCAACAACAGCUGCAUAUUAUCGUCCUCGAUCAGCAGCACGUCCUGGUUCUACGGGUAGUAUUCGACCUAUGACAGGAUCAAUGCGACCAAAUACUGAUCCAUCAAAAUCAGAAUUAUUAGAUAAUAAUGAAGAUGUUGUCAGUGAAUUAACAAUUGGUCCAGCAUUUCAAGGAAAUCUAACGAAAAUUUUACGAGCACGAAAACAACAACAAAAACAACAGCAGCAAUCAUAUAUGUCCGAUAAUUCUUCAGUAAACACGUCAGAAAAGGUAAAUGAAUCAUUACCAUCAUCAUCUGUCCCAUCAGAUUCUUCGUCGUUAUCCAUGUCUAAUCAUCCACUUAUGAGAGAAAUUAAUGAAUGGAAAAUUGAACAUAAUCGAAAAAUCGAAGAACGUAAAAAACUUCUUGAACCACAAGUUUUACGUAUUACUGAUGAUGAUGAUCUUCUUGAAAAUGAUCUUGAAGUUGAUGAUUCCGAUGAUGAUGUUAAUAGUUAUGAAAAACAAACAGAUAAUUCUCAUCAAGAAGAAACAAUUGUAUCUUCUUCGAAUCGUCGUAAUUUCGGUCUUGAUGAAUCAUUUCCACCUGAAGAACAAAGAUGGAGAUCAUCAGCUAUGUCUACUCAAAGUUAUGAAAAAACAGAAAGUCGACUUACUACCGGUGAUACAGGUUAUCGAUCGAAUUCCGCAGCUAGUUUGCAUCAUGCACAAUCUCGUACAAAUUCACGAUCAUCAACAGCUGAAAAUUCUAAUUCAACAUCAGAUCGUUUUCGUACACCAAUGCGUGUUAAUCAUGAACCAGUUCUUCCCAACAAUAAUGUAAAUCGUUCUCCACUUUCAUUUCCAACUGGAUCACAUUCAACACUUUAUAAAGCACCAAACUCGCCUACAAAAAAGUCACUCAAAGAUUUACGUAAUGAUCCAUUGCCAACACUACCACGUCUUCCUUCACGUAAAACGUAA